GUAGGGCGCAGAGCCCGGAAGGGAGUGGGCGGGGCGUGAAGUCCAGGCAGCCAAUAGACAAGGACAGGGCGGGGCGGCGUAGCCCAUUGGCGGGGCCGAGGGCGUGGGGCGGAGCAAGGCCUGGCUGGGCGGUGGCGAGAUGGCGGUGGUGGCGGCCCCGGGUCUGGACCAGUUACGCGUGGGCUUUGUUGGCGCCGGGCGUAUGGCAGAGGCCCUCGCGCAGGGCUUCAUUCGAGCAGGAAAAGUCGAAGCUCAACACGUACUAGCCAGCGCACCAAGCGACAGGAACCUCUGCCGCUUCCGGGCUCUGGGCUGCCAGACCACCCACUCCAACCAGGAGGUUGUGCAGAACUGCUGGUUAGUCUUCUUUGCCACCAAGCCCCAUGUCCUGCCAGCUGUCCUGGCAGAGGUGGCCCCCGUGGUAACCACUGAGCACAUCUUGGUGUCUGUGGCCGCCGGGAUCUCUCUGAGUACCCUGGAGGAGCUGCUGCCACCGGCCACACGGGUGCUGCGGAUCUCCCCCAAUCUGCCCUGCGUGGUUCAAGAGGGCGCUAUGGUGAUGGCCCGCGGCCGCCACACUGGAAACAGCGACGCCGAGCUCCUGCAGACCCUGCUGGAGGCCUGUGGGCAGUGCGAGGAGGUGCCUGAGGCCCACGUGGACAUCCACACCGGCCUCAGUGGCAGCGGCGUGGCCUUCGUGUGUGCCUUCUCCGAGGCCUUGGCCGAAGGUGCCAUCGAGAUGGGCAUGCCCAGUGGCCUGGCCCACCGCAUUGCUGCCCAGACCCUGCUGGGCACGGGCAAGUUGUUGCUGCAGGAGGGGCAGCACCCGGCUCAGCUGCGGACAGACGUGUGCACGCCGGGCGGCACCACCAUCUAUGGGCUCCACGCGCUGGAGCGGGGCGGGCUGCGGGCGGCCACCAUGAGCGCCGUGGAGGCUGCCACCUGCCGGGCCAGGGAGCUGAGCGGGAAGCAGGGAGCGGGCACUGGCCGUGGCCGCCCCCAGGCCCUCCUUCCCCGCCCCUUCCCGCGCUGCAGCUCUUGCCUCCAGGCAGGAAUCCCCAGGGCUGCCCCAUCCCUGCGUGAGGAAAUGAGGACAGGACCGGAGGGGUUGGCAGGCGGGGAAUCCCCUCACCUGUAGGAACCACCCCCACGGGGCAGAGAACACUGUGGCGGUGGGCCCC